GUCCUCGAAGACGCCAAAGCUGAAAUACCUCCCCUGAAGGGAGCUGAGUACCUGGUUGCCAUUUUCUUUCGAUAUCUCGAGUCAAACUGGUAUGAUUUCGACGAGCGAAGAUUUCGUGACAUGCUGUUAAAAGUGUACCACGAACUGGCACCUACAACUCCAGUCGAAUACUCGCAGAUCUGUCUACUCUUGCUUGGUAUCUCUCUUAGUAGCUCUUUUGCCCACCUUCAUAGACCAAUAUCGGGACCAGGAGUGCCUGGACUUGGAUACUAUAAAGCAGCCAUGACUUUGAUGCCUGCGGUGGUGGCUCAAGGUGCUCUGGAAAGUGUCCAAUGCUGCCUUUGACUGCCUUGUACGCACUUCCGACUCAAAGUUCCACUCACCACUAUACAUAUCUUGGCAUUGCCUUGCGCCUGGCAAUCGGGCUCUCACUACAUCGCAACGCGAGGAAUUGUUUCGUUGUGGCACAGGAUCGUGAGAUCAGAACGAGAGUAUUCUGGACCACUUAUUGUAUCGAGCGGUAA